AUGGAUCCAAUUGUCGAUUCGAUAUUAUCAGGAACGGCAAAGAAGUCACCGAAGCUUUACGAGGUUUUGGGUUGCACCAAGGACGCCUCCGGUGAGCAAAUUGUGGCCGAGUAUCGAGCAAGGGUUCGAAAUUUACACCCAGACAAGACAGGAUUUGAGAAUGAAGAAUUUGUAAAAACGAAAUUAGCAUACGAGACAUUGAGCGAUCCGGGGACGAGAAAAAUCUACGAUUUGUGGCUUGAUUCCCCACUACCGAUCACUUUCAAUGAGUUCUCCGCGAAUCAAGAAGCAAUAAGACAAUCGAUGCACUGGGCCAUGGCUCCGAAGACACCAAUGGUUGAGGGGAUUCAAGAGAAUCCGUCCACUGCGCCACCAAUGACAAAAUGGAAAGAUCAAGAUCGAUACGAGUCGGAGUCGGUGCGCAAAUUUCGGGACUAUGCUGUG